ACAAAUUGCUUACGGCUUUUCUUCAUUUCGGAAAAGAGAAAAAAGAAGAAAAAAAAAAAACAGAGGAGAGCGUUUGGCGAUGAAGAAGAACGCACUUUGGCUACUGUGCGUUCUGGUGUUACCGGCGAUAGCCUGUGGUAGGAAACCGGAGAAGAAGGUAACGUCUUCGUCCGGGAGGAAGGAGGAUGACCUUGUGACCGGUUUACCCGGUCAACCACCGGUUAACUUUAGACAUUAUGCCGGUUACGUGGAUCUCGGGCUUCAACAGAAGCAAAAGGCGCUUUUCUAUUGGUUCUUCGAAGCCCAACAAAACUCUUCUGGUCGUCCUCUCGUCCUCUGGCUCAACGGAGGACCUGGUUGCUCAUCGAUAGCCUAUGGAGCUGCACAAGAACUAGGCCCUUUCCUUGUUCGCACCAAUGGUGACAACCUUACCUUCAAUCAUUUCUCUUGGAACAAAGAGGCCAAUAUGUUGUUCUUGGAAGCACCGGUCGGGGUUGGGUUCUCGUAUACCAAUAACUCGAUGGAUCUUCAAAAACUUGGAGAUCAAGUUACUGCAGAGGAUUCUCUUGUGUUUUUGACCAACUGGUUCAUGAAAUUUCCCGAGUUCCGAACCAACGAAUUUUACAUAACCGGAGAGAGUUACGCCGGUCACUAUGUUCCACAGCUUGCGGAGCUAAUUUACGACCGGAACAAGAAGGUUACAAGAGGAUCUCAAAUCAAUCUCAAGGGAUUCAUGAUUGGGAACGCAGUGAUCAACGAGGAAACAGACAUGGCAGGACUAGUGGACUAUGCAUGGAGCCACGCUAUUGUAUCUGACGAGCUCCACAACAACGUCCAUGGCUCGUGCCGUUUUGAGGAGCAAACCACCAACAAGACCCUAGAAUGCUACGAAAAUAUCAAAGCUUUCAUGGAAGCUUACAACGAUAUCGAUAUAUACAGCAUCUAUACUCCCGUUUGCCUCUCCUCUUACUCGUCGUCUUCUUCUCCAAGAAAACCUAAACUCGUCGUGUCUCCUAGCCUCCUUACUUCACCCGACAUGUGGGAUAGGUUGCCGGCCGGGUACGAUCCAUGCACUGAAGGCUAUGCCGAAGACUAUUUUAAUCGGAAAGAUGUGCAGGUCGCGCUUCAUGCUAACGUCACAAACCUUCAUUAUGCGUACACCCCUUGCAGCGGUGUGAUAAACAAAUGGAGUGAUGCUCCAUCCACCGUGAUUCCCAUCAUUCAGAAGCUUUUGACCGGCGGCCUCCGCAUCUGGAUCUAUAGUGGAGACACGGAUGGGAGAGUUCCAGUAACAUCUACGCGUUAUAGCAUAAAAAAGAUGGGAGCUAAGGUGGUGUCACCGUGGAGGUCAUGGUUCUACAAGAGUCAAGUAGCUGGAUGGGUUGAGACUUACGCCGGAGGACUAACAUUUGCCACCGUGAGAGGAGCUGGUCACCAGGUUCCGGUCUUUGCUCCGGCUCAAUCUCUCUCCCUAUUCUCUCACUUUCUUUCUUCCCUCCCAUUGCCUUCAAAACGCGCCUGAUCACUACCGCCAAAGUCAUGGCAAGUUGUUGUUGUUUUGAAGCAAGUGCUUGGUACUUACCCAAUUGAUAUAAUGAGGUUCAAUUGAUCAAUAAAAACAUUUGGUGUUUGUUGGAAUUAGUAUAAUUAUAUCAUAUAUAGUCUUCCUAUUUCUACAGUUUUGGAGACUAUUUUUUUGAAA